AUGGCAUCAAAGUACGCGCUCAGAGGCGCACUGCGCUCCGCCCGACAAUUGUCCUCCUGCGCCGGGCCAGUGUCUUGUCGCACCUUUGCGACUGCGUCCCGAUCCGCAGCAGCAGCCAUUUGUCAACCCCGGCCAAGCAUCCAAGCAGCCACCAGAUCCUUUGGCGCGACCGUAUCGACAACACGGUUCUCCGGCCGAGGCGUGAGGUGGUCUUCCGAGUCGGCCACCGGCAGCAAGAUCUACGACUUUGACGAGAUCAAAACCCUCUCCCAAGACCCAGAAUCCUCGAUCCAAAUCAUUGACGUGCGCGAGCCGGGCGAGUUGGCGUCGACGGGCCGGAUUCCCGGGGCCAAGAACAUACCCAUCACGACGUCGCCCGACAGCUUUCACAUAACCGCCGAGGAAUUCGAGGACCGCUUCGGGUUUGAGCGGCCGACUCCAGAAGACGAGGUCAUCUUUUACUGCAAGGCUGGCGUCAGGAGCCGUGCUGCUGCUGGCAUUGCCCGUGAGGCGGGCUGGUCCAAGGUUGGCGAAUAUCCUGGAAGCUGGGCCGACUGGACUGGAAAGGGCGGCAAGAUCCAGCGCUCAUGA